AUGAGAUCAUAAAUUCUUGAAAGAGAGUUCUUGAAGAGAUGCAUCAAAUUUAUCUUAAUUGAGAUAGCUCUUAUAAAUUAAUUCUGUGUUAAAGUAUAUGCACAAACUGAAAUCAGCAGAUCAUUUUUUAGUCCAAUAAGCACAGAUGAUAGUAAUUAUAAUUUAUCUAAAUAGAUUGGAUUGCAUAUUAAGCUUAAAAUUCAAACCAUAUUACAAAUUGUGUUACUUCUGAUAUAUAUGGAGGAAGAUCGGUUUUUAGUGCUUAAACAUUCAUAAUGAAGAUGUUUAUUAUGCCCCCUCAUUAUAAGAUCUAAUUCGAGUUAUAAUUUUGGAGGUUUCGUAUUUUAAAAAUAAUAUUUCAUAGAUUAGAUCCUUGGUAUUCUUAAUCUUACAUAAUUUAUGUAGAUGGAGAAAAUGCUCAUUCUUAUAAUCCAUAGAGUCCUGUAGGGACAGAGAUUUGUGGAUCAGGUUCUUCAGGUGAGAUUGAUUAAAUCAGCAAAUCAAUUGAUCAUUUUGGUAACUCAGCCAUAAUAAUAAUAGUUUCUAAGUAAUCAUCAGCAUCAUGGGGAAUUUCUAAUUUCAAAUUAUUUGUGUUAAAAUGUCCAAAGAAUUGUCAUUUUUGUGAUUAUGCCGGAGUUUGUUAAAGUUGGUAUAGAUUAUUAACAUAUUUUACAACUCUUACUUUUACAGAUGGAUAAGGAUGGGAAAAGAAUAAUUCACCAUAUUAUAAUUCAUAAUAUUGUGGUAAUAUAUAAUUAGAAUUUAAUUUAGGUUUUCAAUACUAUGGUAAUUUUUUAUAAAAUCAAGUUGCUUCAAUAAAUUUAAACUUAAAUACUCCUCAUUCCAUGGUUAAGAUCUUAUUUACUUUUUUAUGUUCUGGGAUUAAUAAUUCUGUCACUUUAGAAGUGAUAGGAGAUGCUUAAUUAUAUUAUUAUGCUCCUAUUCUACCUUUUAUAACUACUUCAAAUACUAUUUGUGGUACAUAUUUCUAAAUGGGAAAGAUUUAUAUAAUUGGAUCUUCACACAGUUCUCCAACAUUAACAAUAUCUAUUGUCAUUCAUCCAUCAGUGAAUACUGCUUAAUUUGGUAUUCGAGAUUUUGAAGUUUUUACUUAUACAGAGGGAUUAGUAAUAAAGGAGGAUGA